AUGGGAGCGUCUUCUCGGAGGAGCCCGCAACCUCUUGGGCCGCCGGCGCCCCUCCUUUCCCGCUCCGGAGGAACCCUUCUGGCGGUUCUGGUGCUGCUCGCGCUGCGGGAAGCCUGGGGUCAGUGCAAAGCCCCGGAACAGCUUCCAUUUGCCAAGCUUACUCGUCUGAGUGACGAGUAUGAGUUUCCCAUUGGGACAUCUUUGAAGUAUGAGUGCCGCCCUGGUUACCACAGGAGAGUAUUCUCUAUCACCUGCCUACCCAACUCAGUCUGGUCAAGCGCUGACAACAUCUGUCAACGUAAAUCAUGUGGAACUCCUACAGAACCCUUAAAUGGCAAAAUGACCGUAAACAGAGACACCCGGUUUGGAUCAACCGUUGAUUAUGCCUGUAAUGAAGGAUACCGACUUAUUGGUAAGACCUCGAUUGCAUGCAUCAUCUCAGACAAUACUGUCGUCUGGGAUAAUGAUCCACCUAUUUGUGAGACUAUUCCUUGUGGGCCACCCCCAGCCAUCGCCAAUGGAAAUUUCUUUAGCACCAACACAGAGUCUUUUCCAUAUGGAACCGUGGUGAACUAUCGCUGCCAUCUUGGACAGAGAGGGAAAAAGCUGUUUGAGCUUGUGGGCAACUCAUCAAUACAUUGCACCAGCAAAGACAAUCGCGUUGGCGUAUGGAGCAGCGACCCCCCUCAGUGCAUCAUACCUAAUAAAUGCACACCUCCAGACAUUGAAAAUGCAAUAAGGGUAUCUGAGAGCAAAACCUUAUUUUCCUUACAUGAAUUUGUGAGGUUUAUCUGUAAGCCCGGCUUUGUCAUUAAAGGACCCUCCAGUGUGCAAUGCCAAGCCCAAAACAAAUGGGGGCCAGAGUUGCCAAGCUGCUCUAGGGUGUGUCAGUCGCCUCCAGAAAUUCUGCAUGGUAAGCGCGCCGCCGGCAAAGAGACAAAUUUCUUCCCCGGGCACGAAGUGUUCUACAGCUGCCAGCCCGGCUAUGAUCUCCGAGGGGCUGCUUCUCUGCGCUGCACGCCCCAGGGAGACUGGAGCCCAGCAGCCCCAAGAUGUGCAGUGAAAUCAUGUGUGGACUUCCUGGACCAACUCCCUAAUGGCCGUGUGCUCUUUCCACUGAAUUUCCAGCUUGGGGCAAAAGUGUCCUUCGUUUGUGAUGAGGGGUUCCAUUUAAAGGGCAGUUCUGCUAGUUACUGCGUCUUGGUUGGAACAGAAAGCCUUUGGAAUCACAGUAUUCCUGUGUGUGAACAAAUCUUUUGUCCACAUCCUCCCUCUAUCCUUAAUGGGCACCACACCGGAACUUCUCAGGGAAACAUUCCCCAUGGAAAGGAAAUUACUUACACGUGUGACCACCACCCAGCCAGAGGGAUGACCUUCAACCUCAUCGGGGAGAGCACCAUCCACUGUACAAGUGACGGUCAAGGGAGGGGCAUUUGGAGCGGCCCUGCCCCUCGCUGUGAACCUGCUGGUUACUGCAAAGCCCCAGAAGAGUUUCCGUUUGCCAAACCUACAACCCUGACUGAUGAGUCUGAGUUUCCGAUUGGGACAUCUUUGAAUUAUGAAUGUUCCCCUGGGUAUUUUGAGGAUAUGUUUUCUAUCACCUGCUUAGAAAACUUGGUCUGGUCGAGUGCCGAAGGUAUCUGUAGACGAAAAUCAUGUGAAGCUCCACCAGAACCCUUCAAUGGCAUGGUGCAUAUAAACACAGAUACCCAGUUUGGAUCAACAGUUCAUUAUUCUUGUAAUGAAGGGUAUCGACUCAUUGGCUCUCCUUCCGCAGUUUGUCUCCUCUUGGGCAGUACGGUCACUUGGGAUAAGGAAGCACCUAUGUGUGAGGUAAUUCUAUUUCCCAGAAUUUAUCCCAAGGAAAUAAUCAUGGAAUUUUCCCAUGAUUUUGGUCCACAGGCACUCAAUGCAACAAUAUUUAGGACAGCAGAAAAUGUUAAAAAUCUAAAUGCUCAGCACGAUUGGAAAACAGCUAAUGGAAGAAGUUUGAUAAGUUUUGAAGAAAGGCAAAAAGUAUGCCAUAAGAAAUUAGAGAUUGAGAUGCCUCACCCGAGUGGAAACAGAUAG